AUGACUGACGUAGGAAGAAAUACAGGGGUGGACACCGUCACAGCAGACAUCCCGUGGAGUGCCAAGAAGCAAGGAUUUGCCUGGCUAGAGAGUCAAGAGCUCUAUUAUCAAGAGUCUGUAGCAGGCACAGACGUUGGGCUGGAGACAUCUGGGACGCCCAGCGGACCCCAUUCUACAUAUCAAGCAAGUAGCGAUGGCCGGGCCGAAUCUACUGGAAGUGAGGCAAGGAGAAGCACUACUGGACUGCAAAUUGGGUCUAUGGUGCCAGUGAGAGGAGUAGGAGGGCGAUGGCGCAGUUGCCUCAACCUGCUUCACCUCUGCUACAGGUUGACGAUCAACGCCAACUGUCCCAUGAACCUCCACAACUUUCCCAUGGAUACUCAGCGGUGUCCUCUCCAACUUGGCUCCUUCGCCUACACAACACGGGACGUGGUGUACCGCUGGAACGAGGAGCGACGCAUCGUCAUCGCUCCCGACCUCAUGUUGUCGCAGUUCGACCUGAUCGCCACGCCCUCUGGCUUCGAGAACACCACCAGACGCGCCGCCGGAGAGUUCUCGACGCUGCUGGCGAGCUUCUACCUGCAGCGACACAUGGGCAACUUCCUCAUCCAGGUCUACGGCCCGUGCAUGUUGCUCGUUGUGCUCUCCUGGGUCUCCUUCUGGCUCAACCGGGAGGCCACCUCGGACCGCAUCUCCUUAGGGAUCACCACGGUGCUGACCAUGACCUUUCUGGGCCUGGAGGCUCGCACGGACCUGCCAAAGGUCUCCUACUCAACUGCUCUUGACCUCUUCGUUUGGCUUUCCUACGGCUUUAUCUUCGCCACCAUCAUUGAGUUCGCGUUCGUGCACAUCUUCACGAAGGUCGGGUCGGGCGAGGUGUACCUGUCGGGGGUGUGUUCGGGGGCCGACAGCGACGACGACGACGACGACGACGAUGACGACCAGGAGCAGGAAUUGGAUGACCUCGAUGUUGAGCACCUGCAGCACCAGUACAAGCAGCAGCACCUGCAGCACCAGUACAAGCAGCAGCACCACCAGGAGCAGCAGCCUCAUCAGCGAGGCAGGCGAGAGGUGACCAAGAUGAAGCCAACCAGUCCCAAAGUGGAUCAGAUGAACUCCGUAUCCAACAUCGACGAGGCGUCUCGAGUUUUGUUCCCCUUGUCGUUCCUGUGUAUUAACUUAGUGUAUUGGUACACCUACCUCUCCCACUCUAGCUAGACUCUACACUUUCCCCGUGUAACUAGCGCAACCUGCCUGUGUAUCAGCCUGGUACACAAACUUUACCAAGGCUAUACCCUACUUAUGAAUAAAUCUGAUCCAUUGAUCAGAUUGUAGAAGAUUUUCUACAUAUAAUUCACCUACUAAUGUUCAUUGUUGCCACAACGCCAGCAGACUACACGGCUUAGUGAGAGCUAUCUGACAUCCGUCGUGUAUAUUGCUAACUUGGCUCAGCUUUGGGGAGCGGUCAGUGAUGCCAUCUUUGCAAGACAUACAAUGCCUUGUGUGUAAACACCAGCUACAUGGAUGUGUCGUACUGUCAGGUUCCUG